AUGCGCGAUGCGCGCGGCAGCCGCAAUUGCCGCGGGGGUUUUCUAAACUCCGCGCUCGACUGCUGUCGUGUCUGUUCAGGAGCCAAGCGUCCGAUUAAGGUGCUUUUUAGCAACCUACUCGGUAUUUCUAGUGCAAAAGAGCUGGAUCUUGACUUUCUAAAUCGUUCCGAAGAACUUCUCCGAAGACCCUACGUGAAAUUCCUGUCGUUUCGCGGUCCACUGAAACCAAGUACGCUGUCGUACGCAGCGUCUGCUGCUGCACCACUAGGGAAGCAAGCCUUGCUACUGAGUAGCCAUCAGGGUACACUGCGGCGAUCGGUGCCUUGCAGGCUCAUGGUGCUUCCGCGGCGCCGCCGUUCUGUGGUGAGUCCUCCGCUAGAGGCCGCGGCUCUGGUGUCAGAAGCCUGCGAAGCGACGCUGACGGGAGCGCCGCCUCAUCAGCGCUUCGCUGGUGCGUUUCCACCAACGGCACUCAGGGAUACGCUUCCACAACGCUCGGCUGAAACGCGGCCACUGACCGAGGUGACGGCUACGCGUCCCCAUACCGUUGGGACGCGGUACUGGACGCGAUCACAAGCUUGCGCAGAUGCACAGCUGACUUCUUUUCAAACCGCAUUUCAGCGUCCAACUUCGACACGUGCGUUUCCCGAGGCCCCUGCCGCACAGUCGACGGCUUGGAGGCAGCGCUCUUACCCGAGGGAUGAGCGAGAGCCCGCUAAGCAUCAGCAAAGCAAAUCAGAAGAUCCUUCUCUAAUACCAUUACUGGGGUUUGUAUCGCGAACGCUGAACGACGAGCGCUGCAGUUCAACGCCGGUUUUGCGGGAAACGCGCUCCGAUGUCAACAGUUUACGUUUCUCUAGAAGGGCAUUGCCCGCGAAUGAGCUGCAGAAUUUCGCACCAUACGAUGACUCAUGCUCGAAUGACGAGCGCAAACCACAUGCUUGCGAGCAGGGUGAUGAUGUCCAGACGCAGCCCGGGGCACUGUGCAGCGCCCAGACCGGUACAGGGGACUCGCCCCGAUCAACGCGUCGCUGCAACGAUAGUCUGAGCGAGGAUAGGUGGCCAGCGGCGCUUUGGACGCUCGCCAGUACACUAAGUGCAGUUGGCGCUGCGGAAUUGCAGCGAACACCAGACCGAGCGAAGGCCGCGCACCAAAAUGCAGGAUUCGCUGGUCUUAAAGCGUUAUGCGUCCCCGACUCGGAAUCAUCAGAUCCAACCAAGGCGGAUAUGAUCGCAUUUUGUGCAGCAGUAGGCAGUCUGCUGCUGCACAUCGGGUGCAAGAAUCCUUUCGGCAUCGAUGGACCAGAGUCGACUGCGCUUCGACGUGCCAGCGCGACUUCUGUUUCCUGGUAUGCUGCCGGAAAUCGCAUGAUCAGGAUCUGCUUGAAUAUGAUCGCGAUGGGGCUUCAGCUCGCGGAGGGUGUGCUUGUUCCCCUGUUUGGGGUUUUCGUUGGAUGCAUGACACCACCGGCAUCCGAGUCGUUCACAGCGACGGAUGCCUCUGCUCCAGUCAUGCCAUGGCGCCGAGCCAGAACACUCGUUUUCAUAGAGCGAGUUGUGCUGAUCGGCAUCGGGGCAGCCGAAGCGACGUUACUUGCGUUUCCGCAAGCGCGCGUGAGCAGGAAGCCAACUGGAAAAAACGCCAUCGCCACUGAUUCCUUGCUUUAUGUCACUUGCAUCUACCAUGGUGUUUUGCUCGUUUUUCUCUUUUUGCUCGUCAGUAUUCUUGGACUAGGCGUUCUCGUCGUGCGUCGUCUCUUUACCACUCGGGUAGCCAAAAUGCUGGUUGGAUUGGCGGGUCUCUGGGGCGCGGUCCAUCUCUGCAGCCUGGAUAUUGCGCUGCGGCACCAUGCGGUGCACGGACUGCGUCGAUCCCGAGUCCUCGAGCUCCAACUUGAGCGGUUCAUCCGCCGUCGUGAUCCGUAA